AUGAGCACAGAGGGGAACGCAAUCGGACACUGCGCACUCCUUCCACCGGAAUUGUUUCCGCCCCGUGACUGCACUAUCUUUGAAGAAGAAGAAGAGGAAGAACGGGGCGGAUGGGGUUUUUGCGUGCUGGUCUGGGACGCAAACUUGGAUUCUACGGUGGCACCUCCAGUCGUCUUGGCUCUGUUUUUCUGUUGGGCCCAGGAGGGUGAGAGUAGCAACGACCUGAAGACCGAAAUCACACGCCUGCUCGGUUGCGAGACCUUGUUGAAGGAGUCCCUGGCUGAGGAGUCCUCGAAGCUUGCGCAGGCAGAAGCCGAGUGUCAGAAGUUGCGCGAUGCCGAGGGUUCUGCCCUCUCCGGUCUGCAGACAAAACUGGACUCCACGCUGAUGGAGCAUCAGACCCUGAUGGAUCAGUUCAUUGCGGUGCAGGACAAGAACAGUCAAUUGGAGGCUGCUCUGGGUACCUGUCACCAGGAGCUGGAAAGCCUGCAGCGCAUUGUCCUCGAUCUGGGUCGGCAGAAUCAGACCCUACAGAUUGCACAAGAGCGCCUGACCAACAGGCAGUGGGUCGCCGACGAGUCAGCCAUCGCCUGCUCCAACUGCCAACGGGAGUUCUCCAUCAGCCUACGCAAGGUGAGUAAAUAG